AUGUCAUAUAUUCGAGCCUCACAGAUCGCCGCGCUGUUGGCUGCCGUGAGCGGUACUGCCUAUGCUACGGAUAUCUAUGUUUCCCCUACUGGGACUGGCACGGGUACUUCCACCGCGCCAUAUGGAUCUAUACAGUCUGCUGUAAAUGCUGCGGUUGCUGGUGACACCAUCUAUCUGCGCGCCGGAACCUACUCCCCCACAACCAACAUUCAGAUCACCAAAAGUGGUAGCGCGAACUCGCCGAUAACACUGCGACCAUACGGAACUGAAAAGGUCAUUAUUGAUGGAGAGGGUCUUCCUGGUACGCCAUAUGGUCUCGAUGUAUCUCUCCCCAAUAAGGAAAGAGGCAUUCUGCACAUCGAAGGUGCAGAUUACUGGAAGUUCUAUAACUUGGAGCUGAUUAACGGACCAUAUGGCGUCUAUGCCCGAGACGCCUCUAACAACUACUACGAGCUGCUCUCGACGCACGACAACUAUGAGUCAGGAUUCCAACUACAAGGAGAGUCCUCGAACAACACAGUCAUCUACUUAGACUCAUACCGUAAUCGAGACCCGCGGAAGAACGGAGAGAGCGCCGAUGGUUUCGCCUGCAAAGAAGGAUCCGGCGAGGGCAACGUCUUGCGCAACGCCAGGCUUUGGGAUAACGUUGAUGACGGACUGGACCUUUACAUGUUCGCAUCUCCUGUAACCAUCGACCAAGUAUACUCUUGGGGCAACGGUUUCAAUCGAUGGGGCUUUACCGACUUUGAGGGCGACGGCAACGGCUUCAAGCUUGGCAUUACCGACAACCCGCCUGCUGGCCACAUUGUCAAGAACAGCAUUGCCUUCUCAAAUGCCAAGAAGGGCUUCAUUGACAACGGGAACCCAGGAUCCCUGACAUUCACCCGGAACACCGCUUGGAACAAUGGAGAUACCGGCUAUGUCAUGCGCAGCUCAUCUUCCACCAUGACCGGCAACAUCGCAGCAGUCAACAGUGGAAGCGCCCAGGUGAGCCUGGUCAGCACGGUCAAGUCUUCAGGAAACUCAUGGGACUCAUCGACGACGUGGUCCAACAGCUCUUUUGUGAGUGUCAGUCCGACCACCCUGAAAGGCGCGAGGGGUGCAGAUGGCUCUGUGCCCAAGAGUGACUUCCUGAUCCCGGCAUCGGGUGCUGCUCUAGGAGCUACGACAAAGGCGUCAAUCUAA